AGGUGCAUGAAACACAGAGAACCGAUCUGGGGUCUAUUCUUUUUGGAGCAAAGAUUAACAUCAUAGACACUAGCUAUUGGAAAAUUGCUUUUGAUUCAGUAUAAAUGAUGCUAGUAAUCGGCAGUUCGAUUUUUUUGCCGCGAUGUUAGACCGGCUAUAGUCUUCUAGCAGGUGUGCAAGUUGUGUAUCUAAGUCGUUUGGUUAAAUGCCUCAAUGAGAUAAGUUAUGUUAUCUUACUGUCGUAUGAUUAUUUUUUCCAUAGUUGACUCUUUCAUGCUUAAAUUAUUCAAUUUCUUAGAAAACUAUGCCAUGCCGUUUUAGUAAUGAACAAUUAAAGAUCUGACUUUUUGUGCUACAUAUGUGCCGUGUGGAUCCUUUUUUUAUUGCUGUGAAAUGGAUGUCAUUGUGCGGUGCACAAAUGGAUUUUGGAUGUAACUUGAAUUCGAACCCAAAUGCGUUAUGCAUUGUGCGCAUGAACAGUGAAGCUUGUCCCUAAUAGUUUUAGAAAGUGCGGAAUAACGCAAGGGCUAAGGCUGAGGUAUCGACACCACAGCAACUGUAAUACUCCGUAAUAUAUAGUAACAUGAUUCCGUAGUCAACUUUAAAGGAAAUUUACGCAUUCAACCGAUCUCUAUGAUUGUAUGAAGUAAAGCACGUAUUUGGGAUGCAAUUCUUUUUCUGUGUGUGAUUGAGUUAAACAAAGAUACUAGCAAUUGAUUCAUUGCCUUAUAUUCAGGAAAAUGAUCUUAGGUCGCAAUGGGUCUCAUCUGCAUGCAUGCUUGGAUUUUGGAAUUCAAGCAGGCGACGGGUUGGGGUGUUAGAACUGUGCUAGCAUUGGCGCAUUGUAUUUGUGUAGCAGUCGUUUGAUUAAAUGCUCCAGUGAGAUGAGAUGAUGCUGAAAGGAACCAGAUAAGCGACAGUUCGGCGAGAUUGUGGCUGGAGCGGCUUAAAGAUGCUGCUUAUGAUGCUGAUGGUGUAUUGGAUGAGUUCUCAUAUGAAGUCUUGCGGAGAACUGAAAUGACUGGAAAGAGGGUUAAGGUGUGGAAUCUCGUUUCUUCUUCCAACCCACUUACAUUUCGUUUAAAAAUGGCUCGAAAAAUCAAGGAUAUUAAUCAAAUUAUUGACGAAAUAUGUAAGGAAAAGGAUAUCUUUCAGUUGCAAAUGAUUUGCUGUAAUUCUAUUGCUGAUCGACAUCGUGAACGAAAAUACCGAGAAACUGUAGCCUUUGUAGAAGAUUCAGAAAUUUUUGGAAGGAAAUCUGAUAAGUCAAACAUAGUUGAGUUGUUGAUCAACUCUUCGGCAUCAAAUAACCAAGUCGAGAAAAUUUCUGUCAUACCUAUUGUGGGUAUGGGGGGACUUGGCAAGACUUCGCUCACGCAAUUGGUUUUCAAAGACGAUGUAAUAGUGAAACACUUUGAACCAAGAGUAUGGGUCUGUGUAUCGGAUCAUUUUAAUUUCAGUGAGCUUCGAGGAGGUAUUGUGGAGUCCAUUACCAGAACCAAGUGUGAUUCAUCCCUUACUUUGGAUACAUUGGUAAACAUGGUUCAAGAGCAUCUAACUGGCAAAAAAUAUUUGCUAGUGCUAGACGACUUGUGGAAUGAGAAUGCUGAGGAAUGGCUUACAUUUAAGAGGUGGUUGGUAGUUGGUGCUCAGGGAAGUAAGAUUUUAGUCACUACUCGUGUAAACCAAGUAGCAUCUGUUGUUCGUGGGGCAAUUUGUCCUUACAAAUUACAGCAGCUAUCUGUGGAUGAAUGCUGGUAUAUAGUCAAAAAGGAAGCUUUUGCCCCUGGUGGAGCUGCGGAAACUCCAGAACUGGAGGAAAUAGGAAAGGAGAUAGCAAGAAAAUGCCGUGGUUUGCCACUUGCAGCAAGAACUAUUGGAAGUCUGUUGCACUCGAAAGAAGAUGUUAAGGAUUGGUUAUCCAUAAUGAAAAAUGAGAUUUGGGAUAUCCCAGAAACUAACAGCAAAAUCAUCCAAAUACUGAAAUUAAGUUAUGAUAAUUUGCCUGCACAUUUGAAGCAGUGUUUCUCUUAUUGCUCAGUAUUUCCGAAGGAUUGGAAGAUUGAAAAAGAAACUCUUAUUAGGUUAUGGAUAGCAGAAGGGUUCCUGCAAUCAUCGGAUGAACAAAAGGAAAAAUCAACGGAAGAUAUUGGGAAUGACUAUUUCAACAUUUUAUUGUCAUAUUCAUUCUUCCAAGAUGUUGAGAAGGAUGAAUUCGGUGAUAUCCAGACGUGCAAGAUGCAUGAUCUUAUUCAUGAUCUUGCACAGAUUGUUGUUGGGAAACAUGGAUACUCGUCUUUGAAGGCUCAUGAGAUGGAACAUAUUUCUAACAUUCACCGUUUAGCAUAUGUUGCUGAUGCAGGAUCUUUAGAAGCAUUUUGUGAUGCCCUGAGUAAUGGAAAGAAAUUGCGCACAGUUGUUACGAUAAACGGGCCAGGUACAUAUUUGAAUCCUCAGAGUUUCUUCAUUGGUGCUAAGAAUUUGCGCGUAUUAGACAUGAGUGCGUUCCGGGGCAUGACAGUACCAACUUCUUCGAUGUCUAAUUUGAGACAUUUACGGUAUCUAAAUCUUUCUUACUGCGAGAUUAGCCAUUCUUUGAAUGAUAUCUGUAGUCUUUAUAAUUUACAGACGUUGGUAUUAUGUAGUAGCAAGUUUCAAGAGCUUCCUAGAAACUUUGGGUCUUUGAAAAAUAUGAGGCAUCUUAAUCUCUCGUGUACUAUGAUUACAACAUUACCUGAAUCCGUCACUAGGUUCUGUAACUUGAGGACACUGAACCUCUCUCAGUGCACUGAAUUUCAGAUGUUCCCUGGCGGUAUCGGAGCUUGGAAGCAUUUAAGGUUGCUUGAUGUCUCAGGUGCGGGGAUCACACAAUUACCUGAUUGCAUUACAAGUUUCAAAAAUUUGAGGAAAUUGGAAUUUAAGCUGUGCAAAAAUUUGGACGUAUUACCUAACAAUAUUGGGGACUUGAAACUUCUGAGAUGCCUUGAUCUUGAAGAUACUGGUAUUGAAGUAUUACCCGACUCAUGCCUCAACAGCCUCAGCAAUUUGGAGACAGUCAGAUUUGGAAGAUGUAAGCUUCCCAAAGAUAUUUCUAACUGGCGGAAGUUGAAACAUUUUGUACAUGACAGGGAUGAAGAUGAGAUGCCAAAAGGUAUAGAACGGCUAAAUUGCCUUGAAACAUUAAAGUAUGUAGCUGGGGAGGUCACUGAACCAGGGAAUGAGGCUCUUGUGGAUUUGAAUGGUCUAAAUUUGCUUCAAGAAUUAGCAAUUUGGAAUCUCCACAAUUUGAGAGAUCGAAAGGAUGCUGAGAGUGCAAACUUAACCGGGAAACAAAACCUUCACCUCCUAUGGCUAGACUGGGGUGGUAGGCUGUUUAGAGACUUUGGCGAGCAAGAUGCAGAUGGUGUGGUGAUGGAAGCUUUACAACCUCCUGUUCAUUUGAAGAAUUUGUUUGUCACUGAAUUUAUGGGUUCAAAGUUCCCAUCAUGGAUGGGAGUUUCAUCUUGCCUACCCAACUUGGUGAGGUUGCAGCUAGUGCUCUGCAGAAAAGUUAAGCAGCUACCAGCACUCGGGCAGCUCCCAUUUCUUAGGAUUCUUAGAAUAUGCAAUUCUGAUACUAUCAAAUGUCUAGGUAAUGAGUUUUAUGAAGAAGAAACUGAUACCUGUAAGAAGCCUGUUGCAUUCCCUUCGUUAAUUGAUCUACAGCUUUGGGUUAUGUCAGACUUAGAAGAAUCGGUUGCUCCUCCACCACAAGAUGUUUCGAGUUUUCCCAACUCCUUCCCUUGCCUUGAGUUUAUGGUCAUCCAUGGGUGCUGUAAGCUGACAGCCACGCCGACUAUGUUUCCAAAUAUAAAGAAAUUGCACUUGCAUGAUAUCAAUGGGAAUGCAGUCAGUUCAAUAUUGAGUAACCUGACCUCUCUUGUUGAGCUCAGUAUAACAGAGGUUCCAGAGCUCAUCUUUCUCCAAAAAGGUAUAUUUCGGAACAAUCAUCGUCUUGAAAGCUUAUCAGUUAGACGCUGCACUGAUUUUCGAGGUUUUAGCUCCGUUGAGAACGAGAAAGAACCAGUCUCUAAUUCUCACCUACUAGAAUUGGAGUUCAUUGAUUGCCCAGCUCUGACAGUUUUUCCAGAUAUUCGUGGCUGCACAUCUCUCCAGAAAAUCACUAUCAAAGGUUGCAAGGAGUUGAAGUUCAGAUAUGACCCGCGGACAUGCCUGUCCUCCGUUGCUAAGCUGGACAUUGAUAAUGAUAUUUGAUUCAUGAGGCCGAAUUAUUAUCCUGGCUUCAUCCAAGAAGAUAAGUUGAUAUUCAUUUUGGAAAUUUGCUGGUUUCAUUUGCUUGUAUAGUUCAUAGGGCCGCAGCCUUGAAAUUGAUUAUGUUUGCAAGUCGACUGUAACUGUACUUUGGCAAUCCAACGCUUACAGUAUAGGCCGCGCUCUCUUUUAUUGUACUAUGUAAUGUUUGCCUAUUCAUGUGCUUUUGUAUGCGAAGAAAAAAAUGAAUUGUUGACAGUGGGAUUUGAACCCACGCC